GGGAGCAGUACAGACCUAGAACAUCAUAUUUUCAGACAACAAUUUUGACAUUCCUUUGCAUAUUGAAACGAACUCUGACCUUGUUAUGGCGUCUGCUAAUGCUCCAAGGGACCAUUCAAUGCCAGCUUCGAACACUGAGCCUGAAAUCGACAAGAAAUACAUCUGCCCUGUCUGUCUGUCUGUACUGAAGGAGCCUGUCCAAACGAAAUGCGGCCACCGAUUUUGUCGCCAUUGCUUCAAGACGUCUGCAGGAGAUCGUUUUCGCACGAAGUGUCCCGUGGAUAAUACGUGGCUAUCGACUAAUAAGGAUGUCUUUGAAGAUGCUGCUUUUAAACGUGAACUUUUGUCUGUCAAUGUGGCCUGCCCUCACAAGAAUGAUGGGUGUACCUGGAGUGAUGAAUACCGUGGACUAUCCAGCCAUAUCCGCUCAUGUGAAUACGUUACGGAGACUUGCCCGUUAGGAUGUGAGCGAUCGUGCUCGAGAUUGACAAUGCAACAACACGUACAAGCUUGCCCGAAUCGUCUGGAAGCUUGUAAACUCUGUGACGACGACAUCAAAGUUGGCGAUUCGCUCAAACACAUGAUUCUUGCCUGCCCGAAAUUUCCCGUGACUUGCAGUUAUUGCAGCCGGCCAGAUGUUGUCAGAGAACUUUUAGGGGAUCAUGUUGAUCCCGUUCUUGGAGACUGCCCCAAUGUCAAUGUUCACUGCCAGUAUUACACGAAGGGUUGCGAGUUUUCAGAUUGCCGUAAGGACAUGCAGAAACAUUACGACGAGAACAUAAACCAGCACUUGCGUCUUGUGUGUGAUAAGUUAUCCGACACAGAAAGCAAGCUCUACUAUCAGGACGGCGAGAUCGACAUCUUGAAACAACGACUAACGGAAGUUCAGGCAGACUGUGCGACACAACGGGACCAGAUUCGUACAUUAGAAGCUGCGGCGUCACCUACUGCAGAAAACGGGGGAAACUUAUUCUGGCGGAUAUCACUACCAGAGGGCGAUGCAUUCCGCAGCCAGUCGUUUAACGUCGGAGCAAAUAACAGCGGCUACAAGUUUGCCUUGGCGAUUAACCUGAGCGAUCUUGAGAGCGACCAGUCCGGAACUUUCUCGACAAUCGCCGUGAUUUUACAGAAGGGCGAACAUGAUGAUCAGCUGCCGUUCCCGUUUACCGGACUCUGUACCGUUACUGUCCUUGACCUCAGCGAUGACGAGCAAGUGCCCUACGUGAAGAACUUCAUCCUGGAACUCCCACGUGCUCACUCUGAGAACUUUGUCGAAUGUCUGCAGAAUAAUGCUAGAAAGUACAAACUGAUCAAGUUGGAUCAUCUGCUAGAGAACUAUUCGCAUGACAGUAGUGUUGUAUUGAGAGUGGAUAUUCAGCCCAUGACCGAUGGCUUGUAGAGUGACACUUGCUCCAUUUGAUCCUGUAAACUGUUUUCAGCCAAACUCAUUGUACAUCUGUGAUUAGAUGGCUUCGGAAUGAUAUGUAAUAUUUCACCUCAUUGG